AGGCAGGGUGUCCUAACCUGUCCUGUUGAUAUGCUUUGUUAAAUGCAAAUAAAUCACUUUCGCCAGAAGAGAAAGACAAUAAUAGGGCUGGACGUCAACAUGUUUAUUCAUAAAGAGCUGAAUGUUUAAUAGAGUGCCCUAAUUUUUUCACACGACAGUAACUAUUGUGCCAGUGACAUCUGGUUCUUGGUUGUAUUUUGAAUUUGAGAGCGUUUUUGAGUGUGUGUGAGGUGAAUGUGAUAGUAACUUGAAACUAAAGGCUCAGAGCGAGACUUGUGUGUUUUCCUUUCUGUCUGUCAUCACAUGCACUCUCUUUAAGCACACAAAUAAUUGUCAGCAUGUCUACACACACACACACACACACCCACACACCCACACACACACCCACACACCCACACACACACGUACCCACCGCCACUCUUUCUGCUGCACAUUCCAACACACAUGAAUAUCACAAACAGCAGUCUUGCACUCACAUUUCAUUGCUUCACAUUUGUGACCAUAUCGUUGCGCUUGCGAAUGGCCGCUGCUGGACUUGCUCAGACACAGAGAAACCCAUUGUUCAGUCUCAUAUGUCUGUAUCUGACAUGAGGACUGGACUUUUAUUGGAGAACAACUCCGUCCUCUCGCGAGUUGGAUGUUUGAAAAGUAAGGAUAAAAACUUGUUUGAAAGUGUUUUACGUUUCAAAGAGAUUCGCUUUGUGGGGAUGGAGGAGGAUGAGUGAGCCUGUUUUUGUGUGUGUGUGUGUGUUUUUUUUUUUUUUUUUCAGGAAAGUGAUCCAACUAUUCCUUUUAUUCGCUUCCCCCCAGCGUAUUUAUGUGCUUCUUUUCUCAAACAGCAACAGGGGGCAGGGUGCUGUGAGGCAGGGAGGCUAAUUGUCUCAAGGUGUGGAGAGAGCUCAGCGGGCUGAUGUGGCGCAGCUCCGCUUCCAGCGGCGUCUGAGACAGAAAAACAGCGGUGGAGACGCAGAGCACCAGUUCAGAGGAGAUGGUGCCCAGCUCCCCUUCCCCUCCUCCUCCUCCCCGGGUCUACAAGCCGUGCUUUGUGUGCCAGGACAAGUCAUCUGGUUAUCACUACGGAGUGAGCUCCUGUGAGGGCUGCAAGGGAUUUUUCCGCCGGAGCAUCCAGAAGAACAUGGUGUACACCUGCCAUCGAGACAAGAACUGUCAGAUUAAUAAAGUGACCCGCAACCGCUGCCAAUACUGUAGGCUGCAGAAGUGCUUUGAGGUCGGCAUGUCCAAAGAAGCCGUGCGCAACGACCGGAACAAGAAGAAGAAGGACGUGAAGGAGGAGGUGGUGCUGCCCGAGAACUACGAGCUCAGCGGAGAACUGGAGGAGCUUGUGAACAAAGUCAGCAAAGCUCACCAAGAGACAUUCCCGUCUCUGUGCCAGCUGGGAAAAUACACCACAAACUCCAGUGCUGACCACAGAGUGCAGCUGGACCUGGGCCUGUGGGAUAAGUUCAGUGAGCUUUCCACUAAGUGCAUUAUAAAGAUUGUGGAGUUUGCCAAGCGACUACCAGGCUUCACUACGCUCACCAUCGCUGACCAGAUCACCCUCCUCAAAUCUGCAUGUCUGGACAUACUGAUGCUGAGGAUAUGCACCCGCUACACUCCAGAGCAGGACACAAUGACGUUCUCAGACGGCCUGACUCUCAACAGGACCCAGAUGCACAACGCCGGCUUUGGGCCGCUCACAGACCUGGUGUUUGCCUUCGCCGGUCAGCUCCUGCCUCUGGAGAUGGACGACACAGAGACGGGGCUCCUGAGCGCAAUCUGUCUCAUUUGUGGAGACCGCAUGGACUUGGAAGAGCCGGAGAAGGUCGACAAACUCCAGGAGCCGCUGUUGGAGGCUCUAAAGAUCUACACUCGCCGCAGACGCCCAAACAAGCCUCACAUGUUCCCUCGCAUGCUGAUGAAAGUCACAGACCUGCGAGGAAUCAGCACCAAGGGUGCAGAGCGAGCCAUCACCCUGAAGACGGAGAUCCCGGGACCCAUGCCGCCUCUGAUUAGGGAGAUGCUGGAGAACCCGGAAGCCUUCGAGGACAGCAGCGACUCCACCGACAGCGCCUCGGCCCCUCCCCCAGCCAUCCAGGCCAUCAAGCAGGAGGAGAAGUCCACGUACGAAUCGGCCUUCGAGGAGGAAGAGGAGGAGGAGGAGGACGACUACUGGGACGAGGAGAAGGAGUGGGGGGCGGACAGCGACGGGGAGCCCUGGGGGGAGGCGGCACAGAAGAAGGCCGUGGCGGGAAAGACGCAGUGAGAAAGGAAGGCCGCUUCCUGUCUGAGAGACCGCUGAGCCGCACAGAGCAACACCACCUCACACGUUUAGGCUCGUUAAUGACAUUGUGAUCAGCUGUACAUACUGACUUUAAGAAAACUGUUUUCAAUUCAGAAUAGGAAGCAACUAAACAAAGAGAAAAAGCACUACAUUUCAGUGGAUGAAUGAGGGCACCAUUAAAAUAUCGAUGUGACUUUGCAAAAAAAAUGUCCCUGAGUUCAACCCAGAGCAGCAAGGAUUGCUGGGAGGAAGAAAAGGAGCUCAUCUUCUGUCUCUUAAGGGCUAUGCUUUGUAUAAAGUGGUUGAUUGCAGCAGCUGAGCUCUACAUGGUGUUCAUGUGCCACGAAUGUCUUCUCAGAAUUACUUCUCAGAGAUUAUGCAACUUAUUUGUUUUUCUGUGUACGUCCUUUUCCUGAGCAUGUUACCUUUACGUCUGUUUGCCUCUUCUUUUGUUUGGUAUAUUUUUUUUACUCUCAUUUGACUCGAUGCAUGUGAAGUUUGAACUUUAACCAUUUUCAUUUCUGCUUUUUUUUGGACAAAAGCAUUUAAAAGUGUGAAAGAGAGACAAGGGAGUCAUGAGCAGGACUCAAACUCAGAGAAAUCACAAUAAGUUUUCAGUCAUGAAAUUAUUUGAGAGAGGACGAUAAGAAAACUGGUGUUUUAACUCUGGUGCCAAAUAGGAAAAAAAAUGCAAACACAAGACAUAUCUCUCAUCCUUUUUAUAAAUCUAUAUUAAUAUUUCUGACCCCUUAUUAAAAUCUUUAAAUCUUCAGAGGGGUCGUCCUUCACUCUCAGGUUGAUUCUGUCUCACUUUUCUGUGUAACAGUUUCUGCAAAACUAAAAAUCCCAGCCACAUAAAGUCAAAAAAGAACUUGUGAUAUUGCAAGCAAAGAUAUUUAAACGAAUAUUAAAACAAAUAUACUCAGGAGGUAGUGUGUGUGCGUGUGUGUGUCUGCCAUUUUCAACAAUUCAAGCUCGAAAGCGCAGAUGGGAUAAAAAGAAACAAACAUCUGAAAAUAAUGCCAAAUAUAGUAGUUUUCCAUAUUUACACACAUUCCAUGUUUAAAAAUAAAUUUAAUAGAUGAAGCUCUCAAAAAAAUUUAUUCUAAAUUGAAUAUGGAGUAUGAUCGGUUUACCCCGAACACACUGGAUGCAUGCAGAGCCGGUCCAAAGUUGUCCAAAGUGGGUUUUGAUCUGGAGAGCCAUCACUGACCCACAUAGACUUAGGAUGUUUUAAGUUAAUGACCUUCUAAAGCUACAUUUUAUUAUGAAGGACUUUAAUUUUUAAUUUGAUGUCCAAAAGUCUUUAGAGAAAAUUUAAAAGCUGGCUGAUUGUUGAUAAAUAUGUCAUCUUUAAAUCGACUCAGAAUUGGGAAAGUCAACAGUUUUGGGUUGUUUCUAUAAAAUAUUUUAAAAGUCACAGAUAGAAAAUAUCAAUUAGUACUUCUGACAAUUUGCAUCUAAGUAAACCAGUACUGCACAUAAUGUUGUACAAACUAUCAUGUGUUACUUUAGUGUUUAAUGUGUAAAACAGAGAAAAAUGCGUUGUAUUAAUUAAUCCCACAGAUUAUCUGACUUUCGACUGGAGUGUUCAACUUUGGAGUCAAAUUGUUCCAAAGCUCGACAUCAGAGACGAAUGAAAUAUCCCAUGAGGCUCUGGUUACAAGUUAGAAAACAUUACUGAAGAAUUUAUUAAGAGUCAAAAGCCUCGUCUCAAAGAUUAAUUGAUUGGAACGAUUGUUAAAAAAAUGCUCAUCCAGCAUCAGCAGUGAAUGGGUGUCCUCCUGAAGCACAGGGUGAUAUUUUAGUGAAAUAAAAUAUUACAGUUCUUUGAUAAUAGAAUAAAAACUGAUCAAAUGAAAAACUUGUGUUGAGUGCCAAAAGUAUUGAAGUUUUUCAUAUUUAUAAUCAGAUUAAUAGCCAUCAGAAAGGCAAAACUAAGGUUGUCAGGAUUUUCAUUUAUUAAGGUGUAUUGGUUCUUGUUGGAUCUAAACGUUGCUCUCUCACACACACACACACACACACCUACACACACACACACACACCCACACACAUUGUGACAUAGUAACUGCAUAGCACCAGCCGAAAUUACACUUCUCACGAUCUUUUCAGAUCAUUCAAAGUUUAUUCAUUUUAAAGUAAAUGCUUUGUUUCUGAUGUUAUUAAUUAUCUUGAAUUUGAGGCGGUGCAAUAAAUUAACCACAGAGGUUGUUGCCAAACUCUCAAGCCAGCAAUAUUAUAGGCAUCAAUAUGUAACAAUGAAAGACCAAAGACAGAUAAGUCACUUUGUGUUGGGCAAGAUUUUACUUUUUGGGUUUUUUUUACAUGAUGAAGCUGGAUAAAUCUCAUCUCUCUAACAUUUUGUUGUUGCUGAUGAAUGUCUUUCAUAUUUUAUUCCAGGCAUGUUGUCUACGUGUUCAGGGAGCGACGUUCAUCAUGUGUCUUCUUAUAUCUGAGAAACCAAAUUAUGUCUCUGACUAUUGCACACAGCUACAAACAAGUUCAAAAACUGUGUUGAAAUGCUCUGGUUACAUUUCUACGAGAGGCUGAAACUAUGUUUGCUUUUUUAUGCUUACUAUUAAAUGUUUUAUGAUGUUUCCUGUAUUUUGAUAAAAGCAUUUUUUUUUGUUCUCAGA